AUGUCCGCAGCGAUUACCUCUUUGACAGCUUCUCAGGUGAACGAUGAGCUCAGCAAGAUGCAGGCGUUCAUCAAGAAGGAGGCUGAGGAGAAAUUUAAGGAAAUCAAGUUGAAGGCCGACCAGGAGUACGAAAUCGAAAAGACCGGUCUGGUCCGCAACGAGAUCAGCAACAUCGACUCUGCCAUGGAAAGCAAGACCAAGAAGGCCUCGUUGAAACAGCAGAUAACCAAGUCGACUAUUGCCAACAAGAUGCGUCUCAAAGUGCUCUCUACCAGAGAGCAGUUGCUGGACGACAUCUUUGAGGCUGCCAAGGCUGAGCUCAAGACCAUCUCUGCCAACGAGAAAAAGUACAAGCCCGUGUUGAAGGCCGUCAUUCUCGAGGCGCUGUACCGCUUGCUGGAGUCCAAGGCCGUGGUCAAGGUUCGGGAGCAGGACAAGAAGCUGGUCGAGUCGCUCAAGGACUCCAUUGUGAAGGAGUACGCCGAAAAGACCGGCAGACAAGUUGAUGUCACCGUCUCAUCCGAAUUUUUGAGCAAGGACGCCGCUGGUGGUGUCGUUGCCUCUGACGAAUCUGGUAAGAUCGUGGUCGACAACACCCUUGAGGAGAGAUUGUCCAUUCUCAACCAGGAGGCGCUUCCAGCGAUCAGACUCGAGCUGUUCGGCAUUUCUGAAACCAGAAAGUUCUUCGAUUGA